CCGGGGGGCUGGGGUCAGCCGUAGCACGGCACGCGGUGUCCCCGUGUCCUGGCACACCGUGCGGUGCUGCGGGGCCUGCCGGGGACCUGCCUGGGCCUGGCGAGCUGGCAGCCGCGGCACCCGCCUUCGUGAUGGAGAAAGGGCGCUGCUGCCCCUGCCGGGGGCGAAAUGGGGCCCUGGCCACGGUUCCCUUCGUCCCGCCGCAGCCGCGGGUCUGCGGGGGGGGUGCCCACCCCGCCCGGCCGCCCCGCGGCACCCGCCGAGCGUUGGGACCGGUGGACUCUGCCCCGCGCGCACCCAGCCCUGCUGUAAUUGUUCCCACCCGGGCUGGCUGCCCCCAGCCUGGUGUUUGUCCAGGGGCGGGGUGCGGUAUUUACCCUCCCGCCGCGGCCGCCCCGGCCCGCGCCAGACGAGGGCUGCCGUCUUGGGCUGAGGCUGCCCUUGACCGGGGGCUGCUCGCGCUGGGCGAGGGGACGCGGGGCUGGGCUUGGCGUGGGCUGGUGGCCGGGCAUCUGCGUUCCCUCCCAGUGGCGAGACCGGAGGUCUGGGUGCCCACUUCCCCGGCUGGAUCCUGUGCUUUGGGGUGAGUUUUGCCGUGCCUCAGUUUCCCCUGCCGGAGCUGGGCCGGCGGCUCUCCCCGGCACGGCUCCCAGCCGCGUGUUCGGGGCAGGGGUUGCAUGCUGGCGGUACCAGCAGAGGUGUGCGGGCCGGCCCGAGGGUUUGAGGCCGUGGUGGUGAUGCUGGGGCCGGGCGUGGAGGGAGGGGUUGGGCUCAGGAACUUGAACUUGGAGCCUGGAGAAGGGGAAGCUGUGGGGCAGGGGAGGGGUGUGGGGCAGCGGGACUGGGCUGCAGUGCUGCCACGGUGGUCUGGGGGCUUGGCGUGGAGAGAAGGGGCUGCUCAGGCCGGGGUGCCUGUGCUGGGGAGGGGGACGCACGCGGCGGGUGAGGCUGGGUCCUGCCAGGCUGGGGCAGGGGGCGGUGACGGGCGGGUGGGGGACAUCGGUGGCUGCAUCCUGGGGAGGCUCAGAGCCACCCGUGCAGGGACAACCCCCGCCCCCCCCCCCCCCCCCCCGUCAGCGCCAAGCCCGAGGCUGUGGAAGUGCAGCUCUGCCAGCUGCUGCUGAGCACCCUCUGUGCACACGUGGCACGAGUGCGAAGGCCCCGAGCGUGCAGGGGGAGGGCAGUGGGCGCAGCUGGGGGUGCGGGGCAGCCCCUGCGCUCUGGCCCUGGGGGGGGUGGCUGCUGCCCCGUGCGUGGAGCAGGAACUUCUCCUUCGGGGCGGGCGGUGGAUGAUGAAACCACAGAGAAAUCUCUCCUGGCAGCAUGCUGGCUGCUCGCGGGAGCCCCCGGGAGCGCGCACGCUCCCCCCGUGCUGCGGCCUUGCCAUAGUAACCCCAGUGCAGGAGCCAGCGGGGUGCCGGGGAUGGGAGCCGGGCUCCCUUCUCCGCACCCGCCCGGAUCCCCGAGGCAGCGCUGGCGUCCCCCGACAUGCCCCGGGAGCUGCGUGUCCACACCCCGGCGAGCCCCAGGGCGGCCGGAGGACCCGGCGAGGGGCUGGGCUGAGACCCGUCGAACUCGCUUCGUGCCAGGGAGGUGACGCUCGGGUGGCCGCGCGGGCGGUGGGGGAGGCGGCCGUGCCUGCUGCUGGAGCUGUCCCCAGCUGCGGCCAGUGACCUUCAGCGCGCCCAGGGCCCCGCCGCGCUCUGUGCCCCGGGUGCGGGCGACCCGGCCGCGUGCACGCCAGAGCCCUGGGGAGCCGCGGGCCCCGGCGCCCCGUGCCCCUGGGGAGCCGCUGGCGUGACUUGGCGGGGCUGUGGGUGGGCGGGGGGACCGAGCCGUGGUGAGGGAAAAUGAAAGCAGGUGAUGCGGAAGGAGAAGUAGGUCAGGCGAGCGCUGGCCUCUCCCGGCAGGCUCGGCUGCGCUGCGUGCUCCGCUCUGCCCUGGCUGUCCCCGCCGUGUCCCCAGGCCCCAUGGGCAGCGGCUGGAGGCAGCGGUGAGGACGAUGGCGAGCCCGGAGGACGACCUCAUUGGCAUCCCCUUCCCCGAGCACAGCAGCGAGCUGCUGAGCAGCCUGAACGAGCAGCGGCAGCUCGGGGUGCUCUGCGACGUCACCAUCAAGACGCAGGGGCUGGAGUACCGCACGCACCGGGCCGUGCUGGCUGCCUGCAGCCGCUACUUCAAGAAGCUGUUUGCGGGGCAGGGGCCGGGCCAGGAGGUCUGCGAGCUGGACUUUGUGGGGCCGGAGGCACUGGGCGCGCUGCUGGAAUUUGCCUACACGGCCACGCUCACCAUCAGCAGCGCCAACAUGGGCGAGGUGCUGCAGGCUGCCCAGCUGCUGGAAAUACCGUGCGUGAUCGCUGCUUGCGUGGAAAUCCUACAGGGCAGCGGGCUGGAGGCGCCCGGCCCCGAUGAUGGCGACUGCGAGCGGGCUCGCCGCUACCUGGAGGCCUUCGCCACCCUCCCCGAGGAAGAGGUGCCCACCCUGCCACCCGCCCGCCCCGUUGCCCGCCGCAGCAAGAAGACCCGCAAGUUCCUGCAAGCCCGUGGCUCCCGGCUCAACAACCACACCGAGGAGCUGCCCGCCGAGGCCGAGGGGUACGACAGCCCCCUGCCACCUCCCCAGCCGCCCUCGCCCCCGCUGCCCCCCCUGCCUGAGGGCCUGGUCCAGACCUACGAGAGCUACGAGAUGCCCGAGGAGGAGGAGCUGCCCCCGCACCCUUUCCCCUUCCCCUACCAGCCGCCCCUGUCCCCCGAGGAGGCCGGCUCCGAUGAGGACGCCAUCGACCCCGACCUCAUGGCGUACCUGAGCUCGCUGCACCACGAGUCGCUGGCGCCCGGGCUGGAUACGCCCGACAAGCUGGUGCGCAAGCGCCGCUCGCAGAUGCCCCAGGAGUGCCCCGUCUGCCACAAGGUCAUCCACGGUGCGGGCAAGCUGCCCCGCCACAUGCGCACGCACACGGGCGAGAAGCCCUUCGCCUGCCAGGUCUGCGGGGUCCGCUUCACACGGAACGACAAGCUGAAGAUCCACAUGCGCAAGCACACGGGCGAGCGGCCCUACUCCUGCCAGCACUGCAGCGCCCGCUUCCUGCACAGCUACGACCUGAAGAACCACAUGCACCUGCACACGGGCGCCCGGCCCUACGAGUGCAACGUCUGCCACAAGGCCUUCGCCAAGGACGACCACCUCCAGCGGCACCUCAAGGGCCAGAACUGCCUGGAGGUGCGGACGCGCCGCCGCCGCCGCGACGAGCCCCCGCCGCCGCCCGCCGGGCCCCCGGGGCUCGACCUCUCCAACGGGCGCCUGGACGGGCUGCGCCUCUCCCUCGCCCAUUACUGGGGUCCGGCGAGGCCCGACGAGGAGGAGGAAGAGCCCGAGCCCGAGCCCGAGCCCGAGCCGGAGCCCGAGGAAGGGCCGCAGCCGGACGGCGCCGUGCCCGUGGAGACGGCGUAGGAGCCGCCGCCGCCGCCCCGACGGAGCGC